AUGGCGAAGCGCCUGGCUUCCAGCCCCACAAGCGUUCAGCGGGACGGGAACUUCACCCAUCCCGUGGCUUCUUACUCGGUCCAGAUCCUAGUCCACACCUUUUCCAAGCGUAAAGCCAUCCCUUAUGGGAGCUGCUUUGUCCAGGUGACCUUUAUCUUGGCUGUGGGCAACAUGGAGGGCUACCUGCUGGGCACCAUGGCCUAUGACUGCUACGUGGCCAUCUGCAGGCCCCUUCACUAUGCCAUAAUCAUGACCCAGGAUCUCUGCGCGUGCACGGUGCUUGGGUCCUGGAUCCUGGUGACCCUCCAUGAUGCUCUGCAUGGCAUCUGGCUGUCUCUGGCAUCCUACUGCAACAACCGCAUCUUGCACUUCUUCUGUGACAUCCCCUUCCUGGUGUCACCUGCCUGCUCCAAGCCCUUUCUGAAUGACCUGGUGGUCUUUACCGAGGGUAUCAGUGUGGUCGUCUCUCCCUUUCUGCUCAUCUUGGCCUCCUAUGCCCACAUCGGAGCUGCCUUGCUACGCCUGCACUCAGCUGAGGGGCUGCACAAAGCAGUGUCCACCUGCAGCUCCCAUGUGUUGGUGGUGACACUGUUCUAUGGCAUGAUAAUCCGCUUGUACUUCCAUCUCCCUAGCCACUCCAACCUGGAACAGGACACGGUGGCAUCGCCCAUGCUGAACCUAUUCAUCUAUAGCCUACGGAAUCACGAUGUUCAGGGGGCCAUGCACAGGCUUCUGAGGAAUCACGAUGUCCAGGGGACCAUGCACAGGCUUCUGAGGAAGGGCCUUCGGCGUCCCAGCUGA